GGAACAGCAGUCUUUCAUUGGCCAGCGCGCCCGCCGCUCAGAGCGGAGCAGGAAAUCGGGAGGGGCCAGGGCCGGCGGUAGCCAAUGGCCGCCGCGGGGCAGUGGCUGAGCUCCGCCCCCCGGAAGCGGCGGCGGCGCGAGGAGCAUGGCGGCAGCGGAGGAGCUCCCGCCGCUCACCGGAGUGGCCUGGGCUUCCGCCCCCAGCGCGGCCCCCGCCGGCUGGACCGUGAUCACCGAAACCGUGGAGGGCGCCGCGGCCAACCUGGGCAGGGGCCUUGGACACAAGGGCGGAGGGUUCCUGUGCGUCAGCGCCGGCGCCGAGGCGGCGCCUGAGGCCGUGGUGGCCGACGUGCAGGUGCUGAGCGACCGGAGCCCGGUGCCCGCCGGCUAUGUCCGCGCCCGCGAGUUCCCGGAGCCGCGCCCCGCCGGCUCCCGCAGGAAGCGGCUCUGCGUGAGGCUGCUGCCGCGCGCCGCCGCGGCCACCGCCGUGGUGGACAUCAAGCUGAGCGGCAAGAGCAAGGCCGUGCCCGGCUACCUGCGGAUAGGGGAAAUCGGUAGCUUCGCUGUUUGGUGUAAAAAAGGGCCAGUUUCGAACUCCAUCCCCCCGCCCGUUCCCACACCAAGGACGGUCAGCCUAGGACUGAAGCAGCUUUCAUUACAGCCAGCUGACAGAGACGAAAAGUCACCAGAGAAGCCUGUGGCUCCAUUUGGCUCCAAAAGUGCUUCUCUCACCCGGCAUGCAACUGUAUGUGAUACUUCCAACAUCUAUGGCCUCUCAGCUAUGGAUGGAGUACCUUUUACACUACAUCCCAAAUUUGAAAGCAGCAUCAAUUCUGGCAGUAGUGCUAUCCUGGCAGCCCUGAAUGUCAAGUCUCUUGCUGAGAUUGAGAAAGAGUGUCUUGUCUCAACUGUUUUUUGUUUUCAGUAUGACUAUGCUUUUGUGGUUGAAAGGACUGCAGCUGCAAGACUCCCACCCAGCAUUUGUUAGCAGCCUACCAUUCCUUUGAGGAUGUAAACUACUGCUACACAUCCCAAUGGUCUUUCACAGAUUAAAGUUCAGAGUACCUGAAGAAAUCUAAUCAAUAUAUGAGUACAGGAGUCACCUAGGGAGAAAAUAAAUGUUCUGUUCUCACCUGCCAAAAUAUUUUUGUAAUGUUUCUGAAAUACAGAGCUUCAACUUGGCACGUACAGCAGCAUAUGUCAAUGUAUAGAUGUUCUUGGCAGUGUUUGUUCUCCUAUGUUUUGUCAACACUAUGGCUCAAUUCUGAACGUUACCUCCUGCAAGAAUGUUUAGUGUUUCAGUCACGUAAGAAAUCCUAUCAGCCUUGUCUUUAGUUUGGUGCUUUUCUUCUCCUGCACUUAAGUCUCAUUGCCUAUUAAAAACAUCAUAAAGCUUUUAACCCCACAAAGGAAGUUCCAAACGUUUUAAAACACAUUGAUUCUGAUUUAGUUACUAAACUCUGUAAACGCUUCCUCAAGCGUAGGGUAGUACAAAACUCCCAACAGGUGACGGUAGGUCCUGGAAACAUUGAAAAAUCAGUGGCCUCGAUUGUUACACAGAGGUGGUUUCCAUGUGAUAAGGAGGAAUGCUUCCCCAUGCCUGCUCCUGCACAGCAUUAGAGUUACUGUCAAAAGAAUAAAGAUGAUUCUUGUGAUGUGGAAA